GUGAAAGUAGUACAGAGAGGCUGUCUCACGCUGGUACAGUGAAAGGAGAGGCCGCCAUGUCUGCCCACCUGCAAUGGGUGCUUGUGGGGAACGGCUCCAGCUUUCUGAUCAAGUGGAACGAACAGAUACACAACACUGAGCCCACUAACCUUAAAGCUCACAGCUCCUUCUGCUACAAUGGGCUGAUUCACUGCAAGACUGUGGGUGUGGGGCUGGAGGCAGAGGGCAAAGGUAUAGUGGUGGUCACAAAGCACAGAACCCUCCAGCGAAAGCCUGCCACCUCCAAUGUGCUGACCACCAUUAGCAAGAAUGCCUGGGCCGCCCUCAGCAGCAUCUGGCCCAUGAUCCACAAGAACAGUUAUGGCCCAGAUCUGUGCAUGCCUGCCAUUCGCAGAGCCAGUGCCAUCCUGUGCAGCCAGAAGCCUGUGACGGUGAAGAGGAAGGAGGGCCUUCCCACCAAGAGCUCCUGAGCACCUGCCCCCAGCAAAAAAGAUGUCAGCCACCUAAAAAAAUAUUGCAGAGAGAUUCAUGCAUUUACCC